AUGUUAAAUGUAAUUGAAGGUGCAGUCCGUCGUCCCAGCAAAUUGUUCCUUUACCGCUGUUGGAAAGGAGUACUUUUUACUCGACCAGAAGGAAAUUGAAGGUGCAGUUUCUUUUUUAAAUCAAAAUUCUCUCUUCAUUAUCCAUCAGCAAUCCAUCAACCAGUGAAGGGUAUUAGCAGAAGAUGCAAUUCUUCGGAGGAUCAGAGAUCAGCCCGUCGCCGCCACAGCCGACCGUAUCCGGGAAUAAUGCCCAUAUGCUGUAUGUAUUCAAUAGGAAUGGGGUGUGUCUUCUUUACAGGGAAUGGAAUCGCCCUCUUAAGACCUUAAACCCUCAGCAGGACCAUAAGCUUAUGUUUGGUUUGCUCUUCUCCCUCAAAUCUCUAACUGCCAAGAUGGAUCCUACAAGUGCUGACAAAGGCAAUCUUGGGGUGCCACAAUUACCUGGACAAGGAUGUUCAUUUCACAGCUUUCGUACUAAUACCUAUAAACUCAGUUUCAUGGAAAGUCCAUCGGGAAUAAAGAUCAUUCUUGUCACGCAUCCUAGGACUGGUGAUCUAAGGGAAUCUUUGAAGUACAUUUACAACUUGUAUGUUGAAUAUGUGGUGAAGAAUCCACUCUAUUCCCCAGGAGCUCCUAUUAAGUGUGAGCUAUUUAAUUCUACGCUCGAUCAGUAUGUUAGAGGUCUUGGAUAAUAUCUCAAGCAUCAAUUGUAUGCAAGCAUCUCAUUCCGCAGUUGGCUUAGUGAUUCCUUACUAUGAUGGAAGAUUGGUUCAACAAUAUCUCGAAACUUGCAGCACCAACUUUGGAUAAGCGAUGCGCCAAUUGUGUUUGCCUGAUCACUGUAUGAUCUCAUUUUGUUACUUUUUCUUUCACUUUGCUAAAUGUGGUGAAGCAAUAAUACUUGAAUUAGGUCGGGAUUACAUUCUUUACUUGCAGCUUAUCCUUUGAACUUUACGUGGUAUGUAUACACUAGCACAAUGAAGACUGGUAAAAUACUCCUUUUACAAGUUUAAGGUACUUCACGAUGAAUGUGAAUUGUGCUUGCUUUUAAA